CCGCGCUAUCCUCCGUAUCGUUGACACGUCGAGCGGAAAGAGUGCGGCGAGAAAGAGAGAGAGAUCGAGGAGCGAGUAAGAGAGAGAAAGAGAGAGAGAGAGAGCAAGAGAGACAAUCGCGCGUUUACGCGCUCGCGCUUUUAUCAAUCGACACUCGCGUAAUUAUCGUGUGCAAAUAUAAUUUGCUCUUCUUCUGUCCGAUUACAGGUGUCCGUCCGUGGAGAACUUCCGGUCCCGCGACGCGUUUCGGAGGCGGCCUCGUGAACGCGGUCAGUGGCGCGCGUCAGUGACUCCUCGCGUAUACUCUCGAUGAUCUAUCGGUGAUCGAAUUAUCCGGAGCAGAUCAUCCGCGAGGAUCGUCCGCGUUUGCGCGUGGUGAACGUUCUUUUUUUUUUUUAAAUUCGCGAGUGAUUUGGUGAAAUUGUCUCGUGUGUCUAUAAGCCCGAGGGAGCCGCUGCGAGGAUCCACGAUGCUGGCAUUCCUGUUCGUCGCGGCGCUCGCCGUCGCGAGGCUCCACGCUAGCCAGGUGACCAUGGACGCCAAGAUACGCGACGACUCCGACUUGUCUCAGUUCUACCAGCUCCUGGAAGCCAGUCAAGUGGCCAAUACUACCCUCACGUACCGCCACGUGACCGUGUUUGCGCCCACUAAUCGAGCGUUCCAGAAGUACAAUGGCAGCACGAAGAAUUUGGUUUUGUAUCACAUGUCGAACCGGCCUUUGACGAUCGAGGAGCUGAGGGAUUCGAUAUCCUCCGAGUUGGAGGGCAACCCACCCCUGUGGAUCACCAGGAGACCGAGUAAGUACAGCGGCGUGGACGUGUACAUUAACAACGCAAUGAUCCUCCUGGAGCAGAGCAACUUCCAGUCGAAACUGAAAGUCAACGGCGACACCAUGACUCAGGUCCUACACAUCAUAAACGAAGUGCUGGAACCUGUGCGAUCGCACUCGGUGGAGUCGCCGAUCUACAACCCGAACGCCUUUCAAUUUCUGAACCAGAGUGAGAAUCUCAAUUUGGGCGACCAUCGCGUACGUACCUUCCGACAGCGGAUCAACAUCGGGAAGAAGGAAUCUAUCUUCAAGGCCGAGGGUCGUUUCACCUUCUUCAUCCCCGUUGACGAGGGUUUCAAGCCGAUGCCGAGGCCGAAUAAGAUUGAUCAGCUGGUGAUCGACGGGCACGUUAUACCUAACGAGGUCCUCUUCACCUCGCCGACGCCGGAGAAAGUGCCGUACCGGACCCUCGUGUUCUCCGAAAGUUCUAUGAAAGUCGUCAUCAGCUUUAUGAAGUCGCAAAAUAAAGUCUACGUUCAAUCGGACACACUGGUGGGCGAUUCCAACCACCCGGCCGGAGUGGUGCUGGCGGAAAUAGUGAAGGCGAACAUCCCGGUGCGGAACGGCGUCGUUCAUCUGAUACAACGACCGCUCAUGGUCGUCGACAACACCGUGAAGGAUUUCCUGGAGUCCUUCAAGGAAAAGGAGGACGGACCGGUGUACAAGUUUUACGAGGCCAUCCGCGAUUUCGGGGAGAACAUUAUGGACAACAUGAAUUACCGGAAUAACGUUACCCUCUUCGCGCCCAGCAACGACGCGCUGAACGAACCGGGCGUGAAGCAGAUGCUGCAGGACAAGAAUCGCAUGAAGGAAAUCCUCAAGCUCCACUUCGUCACGCAGAAACUAACCCUCGAGAAUAUCAAGGCCAAGAGCAUCAACCAAAAACAAUACAACAGUAAGAAGACGGAAGUCGGGGUGCCGUCCCUCGCCGAUAAGAAGAACCUCUACUUCAACGUGGUGCAGGGACCAAGGGAGAACGAGACCGUCACCGUGGAGGGCGGCGGCGUAAACGCCACCAUCAUCACCCCCAACAUCGCCGCCACCAACGGGAUUAUCCACAUAAUCGACAGGCUUCUCGGGGUGCCCUACACCACCGUGCUCGACAAACUCAGGACCGAUCCGAUGCUCAACUCGACCUACUCGCUGGGCCAGGCACGCGGAUUCAAUAAUCAGCUGAACGACACGACGAAGCGGUUCACGUACUUCGCCCCGGUGGACUACGCCUGGACAGAUGCGGCGAACAUCUAUCCGUCAACCAUCAAGAAGCUCUUCAUGCCCGAGUACAGUUAUCACACGAAACAGAUAUUGGAGCGACACCUCAUAAUAGCGGAUCAAGCGUACACGAUGGCAAAGCUGAGUAAGAUGAGCAACGAUAGCUACAUUCAGCUCAUAACGGCCAGAGACUAUUUGAAGCUUCGCGUCAAGGAACACGGCGAUGAGAAGGUCGACGAAAACGCAAUCCGUCCAGAUACAUCCGGAAGUCUUCGUCCCUGCGCGAAAGAGUACGGCAGAGAUACGUUAGCAUCCCGAGAGCCCGCGGAUCCUGAAAGUCUCAAGCGCUCGCCGAAUCGCGGUACCUUUAGAUCCUUGGGUGCUCCGCCUUGGUGCAACGAUUCUGAUUUGUUCUUUUCUGUAUGA